AUGGAAACUUCAGUAUCAAAUGUCCCGAAGGAGUAUCUUCGAAUGCGGGACUCAACACUACUGCCGCCGCGCGUAGGCCACAAUUGGAAUGAUCAGGCUUUUCGAAAAAAACAGGAUAAGCCUCAGCAACUUGAAUCUGAGUUCCGUGGUAAACGGGCCAUGGUUACAACCAACGGAAAUUUUUCAGGUAUUACUCUGCCUGAAAACCUUCAUCCGACCGCACACCAGCUUAUUGCUUCUCUUUUGACAAAGAAUCGAGGCUCCUUAAAGGACUCAGAUUCCAGCACAAAACUUGGAAAAAGGUAUCUCACAUUGGAUGACAAAGUGAUGCGUUUCUACGCAUUCUUCCGGGAACAGGCACCUGAAGGAGGCGUUAAUGACUUUUGGCAUCGAAAAGUUGUAAUUGACUUUUUUCUUGAGGAUGAUAGUAUUCUUAUCCAAGAGCCAAAAAUUCCAAACAGCGGUCUCGACGGCGGUACGUUCUUGAAGCGACAGAAGGUGAAGGCUGACUACCGACAAUUGGAACAGUUUCCUGAUAGUGCGUACAUAAAUCUUCAAUAUUUUAACGUAGGACAGCCUGUUCGAAUCAAUACAAUCGAUUUUUUCCUUUAUGAUUGUGAUGCCUUUACCCGUGAUUUUCUCACAGAGCUAGGUGUUAAAGUUGGUGAGCCAGUGGAUUGCCCAGAGAAUAAAUUCACCGAAGCGUAUAGUCGUCGUCAGCAGCAAGUGCGAGCUGCAGUAAACGGGACGAAACUGUACAAUGUGACCUCAUCCCAUCGAAAAACUCAGGCAGCGGAGGCGGAACGCACUACAAGGUUCUUGCGCGACAGCGCGAAAAUCCUUUGCUUUCAUGCACUAUUGGAGGACGACCAGUCGGGGGAGAAGCUCGGGGUUAGUAAGAUGCGGAAAUUGGACGUGUUGUAUUACGUUGAAGAUGACACUAUCGCCAUUACGGAGCAGCAAACCACCCCUGAGGCGGUAUCGAGCCUAUACUUAUCUCGUGGCUUCCUCCCUAAAUCGGGCUCACUGAAGAAAGCCAACGAGCUCACCUUUGCGCAUCGCCUCAAUGGGGUACGGAUGCCCUAUAUCGGCCCGGAUGCUUAUUACACCCAUAAAGACUUGGGCAUCGGCAUCACGCUCAACGUCCUGGGUCGUCCCGUGUUCUUGUACGACUGCGAUAGGUACACCCGCACCUUCUACAGCCAUCAGUUCGGUGUGGAGCUCCCACCCGCCGUGGACAUCACAGGGCGGCUGGGUUCGCACGUCGCGUCUUGGCAAAAGGCCGGACGGAAGUCGGGCUGCGGCGCGCACACCGCGACGAAGCGCAUGGCCAUUCCUUCCGGGGUCUCUCAUGGGGCGACGGCUAACUCGGUGACUAAAGACGUCCUGCGUUUUGUUCUGUUACUAGAAAACCCCAAGACUCAUGAGGAACAGCUCCGUCGUUUUAAACUCACUUACUACACGGAGACCAAUGAAGUGGUCGUGCAUGAAACACGUACCAGGAACUCAGGGUUUACUGGCGGGUGCUUCCUUAAGCGUCAACAGCUGCGCAAGCCCAGCCCCCCGCGUGGUCCUCGAAAUGACCCAAUCGAAAAGGAACGACGUUUUAAGGAGGCACGAGGGAUAUCGACAGAUACUUUCUAUGAUGAAACUGAUCUUCGUAUAGGAAACAAAAUUACCGUGAACGGCCUUCUUAUGAAAAUCACUGCGAUGGAUCUACACACAGAAGCAUACUUCAUGGGCACUGCACCGCCACCACAUCCCCCUGAAUGCGUGAACCACCUUCUGGAAGAAUUUCGAGAUUUCUUAUAUUCGCGCUACGGAACCGCGUGUAAGGCGUUUUUGUCUUUUGACUACCAUCGAGACGCCGUCAUCACGCUCAAUGAGUUCAUCGAGUCGCUCAAGACCUUUCAAAUUACUGAUGAUGCGUCUCUGGCAAAGGAAGCAUAUUUAUUCUUGAAGAGUCUCGGAGAAAGUUCUGAUGUAUCGCAGCCCCUCAGAACGCAGGAUGUUAUAAAAUGGUUAGGUGAAAAUGUUGCAUAUGCAGGGAAUAAACGACGGAGUCUUCCAAAUGAAGAAUUCCUUGAAAGUGCAGGUCAAGCCAUUCAGGAUGAGGAAGCAAAGAGGCUAUACCAACUAAGUCAACAAGAUUCCUUGAUCGAGUUACGGGGUCGUCUGGAGAGCCGGUGCCUUCAUAGUGUUGAUAUGUUCCGCCUUGCUUCCACGAUGCCACGUGCAUAUCGUGAACACCAUGCCGACAUUCUCACAUUAACUAAUCCAAAUCGUGAUGCUAUCAUCACACCUGUACAAUUACGCCGUUGUAUAGAACAGAUUUUGGGAUGGACCACUAUUACACAGAACGAAAUGACGCAUAUUAUAAGCUUCUUCUUUCCUAAGAUGCCGGUAGAACUUCAUUUUCGUCAGCGUGAUGACUUUCUGGAUUACAGCAUCGAUCUUCCCACUUUCCAGAAGUACUUUCAUGAUAUGUGUCAAUUAGGAUUGCUUGGUAGUAAUGAUGUUAAAACAGAAGAAAACUUUUAA